AUGACGACUCCUUUCGACAAAGUUCUCUGGCCCUCUACGUUCAAUUUCCUGGUCGGUCCCUACAAUGCCGUUCCUAUUUGCUCUGCCUUCACUCCGCGUCGAACCUCUACCGGGGCUAGCACCCGUGCUCUAGGAAUUUAUGUUCCCCCUGUCCUCUUUUCUGCUGCCGAUACCCACGCCACGACCAGUUCCGAAAGCAACAUGGCAACAGUUAGAUCCAGUUCCUGUCUAUUCGGCUAUGUGCAGGGAUUUGCUUCCGAUAGGCGAGACCUCCAUCUAAUUAGUGAUAGCGUUCCCCUCCCCGAACUUCUGGAUCACCAGCUGCUUCUCAUGAACAAUUCGGAAUUCGGCUAA